CCUCACCUCAACCUAUACCUCUCGCAAUAUGGCUUACUAUCAUGCUCUUGCUCUAUACACUCUCCGUGUAUGAGAUUAAAGGGCCUGAGAGUUGGGCUCAACCGCGCCAAAGGAGCCUUUCUCGUCCUAGCCGACGCCACAUCCUCAAUGGCUGACGUUGCAAGACCCAGGGCGCUAGGAAGUAGGUCCGUUCGAUCAAGGCAUCACUCUGGAAACACCCGCACAUCAGGACGGUCAAGAUCGGGCCGCCAUUCCCUAUCCCCAGAGGACAUUCGCUACGCCAUGGACAUUGUAGUCCAACCACCCCGAACCGCCCGUGUCGGCCAAACGAUGCCCGGCUCCAUCAUCGUGCGCUUACGAACCACCAACGCAGAUCCCGACGACGCUGUUGCUGACUCGACCAAUCUAGUCGCCGUUGCCACGCUGGUUCCUGGUCCCAAUUCCACCGCUCCGACAGACCCUUCGGUUCUCAAUGCCCUCCUCGCAGGCCGACAGUUCGACUCGAUCCACCCGUUUGCCGACGACGAAGCAGAUGGUUCCAUUGCGUCCAUGGACAUGGCUGACCCGUACGGCGUCGGCUACAUGCGCUUUCCCGAGCUCGUCAUUCGCCAGGCCGGCACCUAUCGAAUACGAAUCACCCUGCUUCGCAUCCGUCACUCUGCCUCGGAUCCGCCCGUGGCCUCUGCAGGAAACGGAUCCGCCGUGCACAUUGUGGACAGCAACCCAAUCGUGGUCCAUGGAAGCGGACCCUCUACCAACAUGGCAGCAUACAAUGGGGACUACGAUGUUGAUGAUGGCGGAUGGCUAGAAGUGCUGCGCUCCAUCCAGCAUAGACGCAGGCCGCGGUGA